GUCUGUUUCCUGGGCGGAGUUGCGCGGCGCCUUGUGCGGUGAAAACAAAACGCUGGUGGUGCACAUGGAUAACGUUAUUUCACGAAAAUAGUUUGUUUCUUAAGCAAUACGUUUGUGUUUAGGCUUGCAGAAAUAGUACAAGCUUUCAAAGCACGCUUCAAACGUGCAAGAUAUCUUAAAUUUCAUCGCAGUAGUCUCGCGUGCUAGGACUAAACGACACUUUCCUGCGAGAGUUUUAAAGCAUGGCGAGCGAAGACGACACAACGCAGAUUGAGCUGUUGGAGUUUGGCAAGAACUCAGAAGUGAUCUUUGAAACCCCUUCACAAGAUGUUGUUAAGUCUAUUGAUAACUGUUUUAAGCAGUUCAACAGGGAUGCUUCAAAUCACAAGCUGUCGCCGGACAGUGACUCUGGUGAUAGCCUGUUUUUAACCCAGUCUGUUACUUCAGCGGUCAGAACUGUGAGAAGGCGAAGAUCAAGACAUCGAUCACAGUCCAUUACCGACGAUUCUGAGGAUGGGAGGGAAGACAGAUGCAUAGAAAAUGAAGACGAUGAAUAUGAGGAUAGAGGUUCAGGACACCGUCAGCAAACAUUGUCUACAGGAAAAGAAAAACUCACUCAUUAUAUUCCUCCCAAAAAAACAAAUUUUCCAUUUCUGUUGAAGUUACAAAAACAUCAGCACCUGCCCGAACUGAAGCAUCAAAUUUUAGAGAACGCAGAAGUCGGAGGGUUCUACAAGUGCAUAAAGAAAAUCCAAGAGGGUUAUGUCAACACACAUGGUGUAGAAAUGUGGCAGUAUGGGCUAAAAGAAGAUUCAGAUUUGGAUGAGCAAAACAGUGAUCAUGAAGUCACAGUAGUGGAUAACAGUGUUUUUGCCCUGAAUACCCGGACAGGCAAAUUAAAAGAGAGGCAAAAAUGGCUCUCAGAUUUCAUCCUGACAAAAAGGAUCAAAGUCAAACCUUCGGAAGCACAGAGAAGAAGGAAUGCUUGUUUACAGUCAAAACCGAGGCGUAAAAGAAUAAAAAGCAAAGCAAUAAUACCAGAUUCUCCUUUGCAGUCCCCUUCUUGUUCAGAUGCUGAACUUUCCUUUUCUACCAGUCCUAGACAGCUCCCUACUAACCACAUUCGUUCAGAUGAGAAGUCUGCAUUGGAUGGAGAUCAUCAAGUUGAAGAGACGCAGGAACUAAACUCUGAAGUUGCAACUUCUGAUGCAGAGGAGGAAGAUUUGAGAGCUGAACCAGACAGCACUUCCUUCUCUCCACACCAAGGCGGAGACGUAUCGAAUCAUACGCAAGAUGACAGUGGAAGUGAAACUUUAUUGCCUGAUGAGGACGAGGAGGAGAACGAAGAUGGGAAUAAUCAAAACAUGGAAAAAACAUCUGGAGAUGAUCCAGAUGAAACGUUAAUAAUGAUAGAGGACAGAAAUGAUGACAGUGACGUAACUCAAAUAGAUUCUGAAAUAAGUGAAUCCCUUUCUAAAUCUGGACCAGGAACGCCAAGACGGAAAGGUAAGAGUCACCCAUGUGCAGCCGAUGAAACAAGCCAGCAUUCCUCACAAGACAUCUCGACAUCUCCUGAUUCUCAAUCUUUACUGGUCAGAGGUGAACAGGAAGACAAUGGCAGCAAAGAAACAAACAAGCUACAAAACGUUUUAACUGACAUUGAUUUGCAUGGCAGCAGCACAAAAUGCUCUGAUUCUCAAGAUGCUAGCCAGAGUUUUGCUCCACAUGUUGAACUUCUCCCAGAAAGUGAGAAAGAAAUAAAUCAUCAAAAGACAAAGAGGAAAACGAUGUUGUUGGUGCAUGCUCAAGAUGCAGAUGGAGAGGAGACCAGUGUGAUCCAAAAACCAUCUGGACCUGUUAAGCCAGUAAGUGAUGAUGUCUCAAGUACCACUGAAACAGCCGAUAGUCCUUUGUUUAAACAUGUCGGACAGAGCUUUCUUAAAAGGAAGAGGAGGAAAGAAGAGAAAAUUGACAAAGAUUCAGAUUUGAUGCAACGCGAUAUAGAUGCGAGUGAUGACAUCAUCAGACUUAAAACUGCACGGAAGGACAGCAAGGAAUCACGUGAGGCGGAGGAACGAACGCAGGCCGCCUCAGUCUUACGGUCAAUUGAAACAGCCGAACUCUCGGAGGAAACAAGCAGGUUCUCUUUGGAUUCAGACAUGACUGUUAUCUCACCGGUUAAGAAGAAAAAGGCAAAAAAGCACAAGUUAGAAGAGCAGGAUGAUGCUGAGCUUGGUAUAGACACUCAACAUACCCAAGACACUGAGUCGCCAUCCAAAAGAACAAAAAAGAAGAAGAAAGACAAAAAGAUGCAGGACAAUGAUGCAACCAUUAGCCUUUCAAAUGAAAGUUUGGCACACGAUGCUGAUAGACCUCUUGAACAGGUGGUAAAUGAUUCGAUUCAAGCCACUGUGAUCGAUCAUUCUGAGCAUUCGCAAAAACCUGAGGGAGUUGCACAAGAGCCAAGUGGCGUAGUUGAGCACAUGGAAAGAAAACAUCAAAGUUCUUUGUCUGAAAGCGAUGAAAUCAUUGCAUUGAAAAAAGCAUCAGAACCCUCGGAGACGACGUGUAAUUUAGAGGUUUCAGACAGCACGGAUAUCACAAAGGUUAAAAAGAAAAAGAAAGUGAAACGGCAGGACGCAGAGAUGGGUUUAGAUACUCGUAGUGUGGAAAAUGUUCAGGAAGACAUUCCUGAAAGUCCUGUUGAGUUGAAAGCGAAUGAUUCAAUCAAUAUCAGUGAAGCCCAUCAGCCUGACAAUACACAGAAAUCAGAGGAUAUUACAAGGAGUUCAUCACCCGGUGUAACUAUAUUAAGAUCAGGGAAGAAAAAGAAGAAGAAGAAAAAGAAGAAGAGUACGUAUGAAUGUGAUCAGCAUGAUUCCCCCAAUGUGAAUCUGGAUGCGUGUUCUGUGUCUCUGUUUGAUGAGGUCGCUUGGGCUUCAGAGGAAGAAAACGGAUCAACCGCACAUCUUGGAGAAAGACCAGCUGAUGUACUUGAGCAUUUAAAAAGUAAUGCAAAAGCUAAGUUAAAUGAUGCCAAAGGGGACAGUACUGAGGACAGCUAUCCUGUGGUGCAGUCUGAGGAAACGGUAACACCUGAGAUGAGGAAGAAAAAGAGGAAGAAUAAAAGGCAUACAGAUUACCUCACGAAAGUAAACAGUGACAAACAUUUAGUGGGUACUGAUCGGAAAGACUUUGGAAACUCCAUCGGGAGUUCGGUGUCAACACUAUCUGAAGGAAGAUCAAAGAAAACAAAAGACAAUGAGGAAAUAAUGGAAACAAAUCAGGGUGCGUGUCCUAUAUCUCAGGCAAUUGCACAGACAAAACAGACCGACUCGAACAAGGCGAAAAAACGGGUCAUGGUUGCCACCCUGGAAGAUUCUGGAGAUGUGGGGAGAAAGAAUGAUAUUGAUUUUACUAACAGUAAUAACAAGAUUAUAUCUAGCCCUGAGGUCAAUACAAGUGACACACCCAAAAUGCCCGAAAGGGGUUGGAAUAAAAACAGGUGUGGUGAAGAAGCAGAAAAUGUACUGCAGUCACACAAAAUACAAGAAACAGAAUAUAACCCAAAGGGAGAUCCUUGCACAUUUUCAGCUCAAGACAAUUCGGAGUCUCAGACUGAUGAUGCGCCGCUACUUAAAAAGAAGAAAAGAAAAAGAGAUAAAGAAAGCGCAUCUAUUCUAGAUACGCAAAACGCAUUAAGUCAAGAUGAAACUGAUGAGACUUUCAUCCAUAAUGAUGAUGUGUUUUCUAAAAAAAAGAAAAAGAAAAAAUGGAAAUGUAUACAGAACGAUUACUGAACUGUUUCUCUAUUUGGGAACAUACAGUCUAACUUGGUAAAAGUUUGUAACUUUCAACUGUUUUGAAGGUAGAAAGUGUCUUAGUAUCUGAGCAAUCUUAACU